AAUUGUAAUGACCUAGACCGACCUUGUUUUUCUCGCUUUUCUCUCAUCUUAUCGACGUUGAUUUCCCUAUAAUACGACGCGCAUCUCAAUUUUUAUGGUCACUCGUCGUCUCAUCGGAGCGCAGUACAGCAGUUGAGUCUUAACGUCAUUUCUUGGCGCAAUCAGUUUAACAACCUCGUUUUCUAAAACCCUAACAUCUCCCCAUCAAAAUGUCGUGCAUUAACACUUGUUCUCCAAAGUCAUUUUGGAGUAUGGUCAUCAAACCGAAGAACAAGUAUUCGUUCACUGUUGAACGGUCUUUCCACAUUUCCAAAGCUGUUAUUGAUUUCUCUUCACGCCCUCGCGAUAAUUACGGAGUUUACCUUCAUUCCGCCAUGACAAGUCUAGUGGUGGACUGUGGGGAUCAAAAGGGAAUCAUCCUUUGCAAUCUUGGCAAUCAAGAAACCAAGAAAAUGCUGAGGCCAGAAGCUGACCUAGACGUACACUUUCAGACUGGGCAGGAAAUCACACUUUAUUCCGUCAAACUUCACCCCGACGAGUCCACUAAUAAUCUCUACCAAACGUUAACAAUCCAUUUGUCGGGUUAUGAGAUUACUGUCUAGCACGCUGUUGAAAAUGGUUAGUAUUAAUUACUACAGAGACCUAUCGUUUGUUUACACACAAAUUCUAAAAUAAUCAAGAAAUUAAAAUACAGCAAAACCUUUAU